AUGAAUCGGCAAUGGAUGUACGGUAACCGACUCUCCCGCGAGUUCACUACGGGUUUGAAAGAUUUCCUCGUAGUGGCUAAUGCGAACAAGCAAAAGGGUUUUGUUAUCUGUCCAUGUGUUGACUGUAAGAAUCAGAAGGGUUACUCUUCCUCAAGAGAAGUUCACCUGCACCUGCUUCGGCACGGUUUCAUGCCAAGCUAUAAUUGUUGGACCAAGCAUGGAGAAAGAGGGGUUAUAAUGGAAGAAGAUGAAGAAGGGGAUGAUUUCAUCGAUGAAAGCUAUCUUGCUCAUUUCGGUGAUACUUUCAUGGAGGAUGCUGAAGGUGAAGGGGAAGGUGAAGGGGAAGGUGAAGGGGAAGGUGAAGGUGAAGAAGAGGCACGUGAUGAGACCGUUGAUGAUCUUGGUCGGACCAUUGCUGAUGCACGGAGACGCUGCGAAACUGAAAAGGAGAGGGAGAAUUUGGAUCGCAUGUUAGAGGAUCACAGAAAGUCGUUGUACCCCGGAUGCGAUGAUGGUCUGAAAAAGCUGGGUUGCACACUGGAUUUGCUGAAAUGGAAGGCACAGGCAGGUGUAGCUGACUCGGCAUUUGAAAACUUGCUGAAAAUGUUGAAGAAUAUGUUUCCAAAGAAUAACGAGUUGCCCGCCAGUACGUACAAAGCAAAGAAGGUUGUCUGCCCUCUAGGUUUAGAGGUUCUGAAGAUACAUGCAUGCAUCAACGACUGCAUCCUCUACCGCGGUGAAUAUGAGAAUUUGAAUGAAUGCUCGGUAUGCACUGCAUUGCGUUAUAAGAUAGGAGGCGAUGACCCUGGUGACGAUGUUGAGGGCGAGAAACCCAGGAAGAGGGUUCCCGCCAAGGUGAUGUGGUAUGCUCCUAUAAUACCACGGUUGAAACGUCUGUUCAGGAACAAAGAGCAUGCCAAGUUGUUGCGAUGGCACAAAGAGGACCGUAAGUCGGACGGGGAGUUGAGACACACCGCAGAUGGAACGCAAUGGAGAAAGAUCGACAGAGAGUUCAAAGAUUUUGCAGCUGACGCAAGGAACAUAAGGAAGAACGUGUACCUUGGGCAUCGUCGAUUUCUUCCGAAAAGUCAUCCAGUAAGAAAGAAAGGCAAGCAUUACAAUGGCAAGGCAGAUCACCGGCCGAAGCCUGCGGAACGCACUGGUGCUGAGGUAUUUGAUAUGGUCAAGGAUUUGAAAGUCAUCUUUGGAAAGGGUCCUGGCGGACAAUCAGUUCCGAAGGGAGCUGACGGGCACGCAGCCAUGUGGAAGAAGAAAUCUAUAUUCUGGGAGCUAGAAUAUUGGAAAGUCCUAGAAGUCCGCUCUGCAAUCGACGUGAUGCACGUUACGAAGAAUAUUUGCGUGAACCUCCUAAGCUUCUUGGGCGUGUAUGGGAAGACAAAUGAUAUAAAGGAAGCACGGCAGGACCAGCAACGUUUGAAAGACCCU